AUGUCUUCCUACACAUGGUCUACUGAUUACUUGAACCUUAGUUCCAUGAUAAGUCGCGGUCAAGAUCCUAGAGACAAAGAGCCACCAAUGAUUGACCACUCAUCAGAUCUUCUAGACAUUAUGCCAAUGGACUACAUAGAGACCCAGUCUACUACCAGUACAAUGUCCUAUGAAUCAGCACCGCCAACAACUGGUGACGCACUCAUGUCCAACAUUGAAGCUCUCACCAGUCUGCAAGAAGUAACGUCUCUGCUACAACAUGUUAACGUCCAGGGCAACACCUUUAACACACAUAUGCCGUUCAAUGUAUAUAGCCAGCAUCUAAACCACCAAUCAUUGCCACCAGUGCCAACAAAUCUGCAACCACCAGCAUUACCAGAACUCAGAGAAUCAUUCUCAUCAGUUGUCAAAAGGCCUAGCGCACAAGAUCUCUGGCGAACAACAUUAGUCCAGCCACCACCUGACUUUACUGUAUUCAAUCCAUCUGGAAAGCUGCCAGAAAUUCCAACGCACUCUCAACCUACAGCCUUUGAUCCAGAGAAUGCCGAGAUGGACGACUCAUAUUGUGUCCUGUGUAAAAGAAAUGGUGAAGUCCGCGAAUGGUACACUUCUCAUGUGUUAAAAGACAAUCGUGGUAAAGUGGCUUGUCCAAUCCUAAGGAAGUACACGUGUCCAACAUGUGGAGCUACUGGUGACAACGCGCACACUAUUCGCCAUUGUCCAAAGCCUACCAACAAACAGAAGUCAUCUGCCAGUGGUAACAAAGGUUUUAGAGUGUAA